UGAGUCGGGAACUGACAUCCCCAUAAACUUGGAUUGGCGUCGCUUAUUUCAAUCACGUAAGACCCCUAAUGGCGUUGACCGGGCGAGGGUGUUACGUAUAUCUGUGCACGCGUUUUUUCUGACAACCAAGGCUUGUUGGUAUUUGUCUUUAGCGUAUAGAGCCACCAAGGUGUUGCCUGAGAGAGUUUAAGCCCACCGACAUUGCAAAGGGUUAUUAGAUUCAUAAGUCAGCGAAGUGGUGGGCGAUCUACUGAGCGCAGCAGAAGUUCUCAUAUGAUGACUUCAAACAAGACACAUUACCUACCAGCAUCUGUUGGAGUGAGUGGAUAUUAAGACACUUCUAUCUCCAGGAAAGCGUAGGGGAAAAUGCACGUUGGACAGAGGCACCGGAGUCGUGCAUGGACUAAACCGCUGGGUGGACGCCAACUCUCUUUCUCUCUGUCCCCAGCCCCCCCUUUGCCAAACCUGGGAUUGUUUUUUCAACUUUUGUUCCACCAGGUUAGAAGAGUGAUGACCAUCCUGUUCCUUACUAUGGUUAUUUCAUACUUCAGUUGCAUGAGAGCUGCGCCCCUGAGAGAUGCCCCGGGCAUGCGGGGCCAUCGGACGGAAGGCUACUUGGGCGCCGCUGCGACGGCCACGCGAGGCCACGGGACUCCGCAGAGCGGCGGUGGGCCGGGCCAGCGCGGGGAGCUGCCCUCACUCACAGACACCUUUGAGCAGGUGAUAGAGGAGCUGCUGGAGGUGGAGGGAGCGGCGGCGCAGCUGGGACAGGGGGCCGAUGCCAGCCCGGGAGGUGGGGGCCCGUCUUCUUUGGUCACCGCAGAGGCCAAGGAUGUCGACCUGUACGACUCGCGGGUGAUGAUCAGCAACCAAGUGCCUUUGGAGCCGCCGUUGCUCUUUCUUCUGGAGGAAUACAAAAACUAUCUGGAUGCCGCUAACAUGUCCAUGAGGGUGCGGCGACACUCCGACCCCUCGCGGCGCGGAGAGCUCAGUGUGUGUGACAGUAUUAGCCAGUGGGUGACAGCUGUGGAUAAAAAGACGGCGAUAGACAUGUCUGGGCAGACAGUUACCGUCAUGGAAAAGGUCCCUGUCCCCAAUGGCCAACUGAAGCAAUACUUUUAUGAGACCAAAUGCAACCCCAUGGGGUACACAAAGGAAGGCUGCAGAGGAAUAGACAAGCGGCACUAUAAUUCCCAAUGCAGGACAACCCAGUCCUACGUGCGAGCGCUUACCAUGGAUAGCAAAAAGAAGAUUGGCUGGCGGUUUAUAAGGAUAGACACUUCAUGUGUAUGCACAUUGACCAUUAAAAGAGGGAGAUAGUGUAUAAAAUGUAUAGAUUUUAUUGAAGAGUUUAAAAAAGAGAAUAAAGAGAAAAUAUCUAUUUGUAUAUAUACAUAACAGGGUAAAUUAUUCCGUCAAAUGAAAAUUUUAUGGACUGCAUGUAAAAAAAGAUGAAGUUUAUACAGUAAAAGUGAUACUACAGUCUAUUUAUUGAACAUAUUCAUGACCUUGUAAACAAUUAAAAAAAAUCUGAUCAGUCA